CGAACAAAUCAACAAAUGUCUCUUUCUCGGCGGGUGCGGCCUUCCCCCGCUUCACAUUAGAUUGGGAGCCAAAAUGUUCAAAGCCACAUCUUGUAUUGGAUUUUAAAGGCCUCCUGCUCUCUGUCUCAGCUGCUAUCUCCCUCUUCCUCUCCACCUCCCCUGUGCAUGGAAUACUGGAGAUGGAGGGAUCAAAUGCUUUCCGACUUCUCUUCAUUGGCCUCGGUCUCUUCGUUGCUGGUUGUUCCAGUCUCAAGCUGGGAGAAACCUGCUCGUCAGGUAACGUCUGCGACCCUGGAUUGCGGUGCGAAACGUGCCCUGCUAAUGGAAAUACCCGACCCAGAUGUACCCGGAUCCAGCCUUUGAGCCCAACAUCAAAAGUAAAAGGUCUGCCAUUCAACAAAUAUUCAUGGCUAACAACCCACAACUCUUACGCUAUCACCAGCUCUAAAUCGGGCACGGGUUCGGCUCUUUUAUCUCCUACGAAUCAAGAGGACUCUGUUACCAGUCAACUCAAAAAUGGGGUCCGAGGGCUUAUGCUGGAUAUGUAUGACUUUCAGAAUGACAUUUGGCUAUGUCAUUCUUUUGGGGGCCAAUGCUACAACUACACAGCAUUUCAACCUGCCAUCAACGUGCUAAAAGAGAUUGAGGCCUUCUUGGCUGCAAACCCAUCAGAGAUUGUCACAAUUUUCAUCGAGGAUUAUGUGACCUCUCCAAUGGGCUUGACUAAGGUUUUUAAUGCGUCUAAUCUUAACAAAUACUGGUUCCCUGUAUCAAAGAUGCCAAAGAGUGGUGAAGAUUGGCCAACAGUGGAUGAUAUGGUCCAGCAGAAUGAGCGCUUGGUUGUCUUUACUUCCAAAUCUGCUAAAGAGGCUUCUGAGGGCAUUGCUUAUAAUUGGAAAUACGUGCUAGAAAAUCAAUAUGGGAAUGAUGGGAUGAAAGCUGGUUCAUGUCCAAAUAGAGCUGAAUCACCUCCCAUGAACACAGCGACAGUAUCACUGAUUCUUCAAAACUAUUUUCCAACUAAUCCGAAUGAAACAGGAGCUUGCUUGGACAAUUCAGCUCCAUUAAUUAGCAUGACCAACAGUUGCUAUGAAGCAGCUGGCAAAAGGUGGCCAAACUUCAUUGCUGUUGACUUCUAUCAGAGGAGUGAUGGUGGAGGUGCCCCAGAAGCUGUGGAUGAAGUAAAUGGUCAGCUUACUUGUGGGUGUGCCAAUGUCGCCUACUGCAGUGCAAAUGCAACACGUGGUACAUGUAACGUUCCACCAAGUGCACCCCCUCCCCCUGCUGCUGCUACUGGAAACUCACAAACUCCUCCUUCCACUCUCACCAACAUUGCUUAUUUGGAUACCAAACCAAUCCAACUACGGUGGGCUUUGGGGGCAAUUUUUACCACAUCAUUUUUAUUAUGACUCUAAUCAUGAAAAAGUUAUUUUAUUCAAUAUAACUGUUGUAUAUAUAACGGUUAGACAUUGACCAUUAUGAUCAAUAAUAUAACCAUUGUAUAUACAAUAGUUAUAUUGUAAAAUUUUGUGAUUAUGACCAUUAUCCUAUUACCAUUUACUCUCAUCAGGAUAUUUUAUACAGAUAAAUUGCGGCUUAUUUGUGUCGUCGCUUUGAGGGUUGUAGUUCUUGAGAGAGAGAGACUUUUGUUGGAUGUGCUUAGAUUUGUUUGUGGCUACAUAUGUAAACUGGAGCAGUACUUGGACAUAAGAUUUCUGUAUUUAUUUUCUGGAAGACAAAAUUGCUUAGAUGAAAAAUGUUUCUUCUUUUUUUUUC